UGUGACGUUUUUGAAAUUAUGAGUUUUGAAUCACGUGACUCAAAUCUUAAUACUUACAAGUUGCAUAUUAAUACAUCACACACAUCCUUCACAAAAACAUAUGUAACUGUUUAACAGCAAAUAGUAAGGUUAUUAGAAGAAUUUAAGCACCAAGACAAUGUUUGUGAUAAAUGUGAAUGUUGAGAGAUAGAUCAUUAAUUUUUCAAAAAUAUUAGAAACAUUGUUACUUGUUUCACAUUCCAAUUUAUUAUUGAACAUGUUAGAAUUAAAAAAAAAAUUUGUUUGUUUUGUUGAUAGUAACGAUAACAUUCUUAUCUAUAUCCUUUUCUGAUCCCUCUAUAAUGAAAAUCAUAACCCCGGAGAAAAAACGUCCAUCGUAAAACUUUUUUAGAUAAAAUGUCUUGUGCUCUCCAAUGCAAAAUAGGACCUUCUAUAUUGAAUUCUGAUUUGUCUGAUCUGUUUGGUGAGUCUCGACGCCUGCUUGAUGCAGGAGCUGAUUAUUUACAUCUUGAUGUGAUGGAUGGCCAUUUUGUUCCCAACUUGACGUUUGGACACCCUGUCGUAAAGUGCCUUCGUCCCAAGCUUCCAAAUGUCUUUUUUGACAUGCAUAUGAUGGUGGCCAAACCGGAGCAGUGGGUUAGUCCGAUGAGUGACGCUGGUGCAGAUCAGUUCACAUUUCAUAUUGAAACCACACAAGAACCAGCAUCCCUUUGUAGAAAGAUCCGUGAGAGUGGAAUGAAGGUAGGUGUUGGCAUAAAGCCUGGAACCCCAGUCUCCAGUGUGAUGGAGUGGGUCGACCAAGACAUGGUGGAUAUGGUCCUGAUUAUGACAGUGGAACCGGGAUUCGGAGGCCAGAGCUUUAUGGAGAAUAUGAUGGGAAAGGUCAGUGAACUAAGAUCUAAGUAUCCUAGCCUGGAUAUUGAAGUAGAUGGAGGGGUUGGACCAGCAACAAUUCAUCAUUGUGCACAGGCCGGAGCUAACAUGAUUGUGUCCGGGACUGCUGUUGUAAACGCUCAAGACCCAGCAGCUGUCAUCAAACAGCUCAGAGAUGCUGUCAAUAAGCAGCUUUAACUCUCACAACAUCUGUCAAGAGGGUUAACAAGCGGUCACAAAAAUUUAAGCGCUAAAAUUUGGGAUUUCAUACAUUCCAACCUACAUUGAAUACAUAGCAUUUACAAAGUAUUCGACAAAUCUGUGAUUAUAGAUUUUUCGCAAUGAUUUCUAUUAUAUUUUUAGAGUUUUCUAAAAUAAAAAACUUUACAGUACAUGCUGCACACUCUAAAAAGGAGUCACAAUAAUUUCCGCAGCUCAUUUCGAACUAGAUUACAAUUGCUUUUAUUUGAUAGAUCUGUGAUUUUAGAUUUUGCACACAAAUAAUAUAUGCAAACUGCACAGUGCCCUGCACAAUAGCACUCAAGGGAAAGCCUUGUGACUGAAAUUGUCAACAAAAAAAAACACAAGUAUAUAUUUUCAGAAAAAA